UUUCGUCAUCCAAAACGGUUAACUUUAUUCUCUCCUUUUCCUACGUAUCUUAGUAUAUAAUUUUAAAUAAAGUAGUUACUUAAAAAUACAUUUCUCAUUCACAUUUCCAAUUGUAAUUGUUUCAACAGGCUAUGUAUAUAGUCUCAAUCAAAAGGGUGUUGAAUAUUGUCUGACCUUUAUGAGAGAUGUGCCGCGGGCUCAAAACGCUACACACCCGUAAUCCAGUACAUAUCUACCAGACUUCUCAUUAUAAAACCGCAAACCGUACACGAGAGGAAGAAAAACACAGUUAUCGAUGUGAACCGUGAUGAUUUAAUUGGUCCGUAUCACGUGUCUGUCACGUGACACGGCUGUCGGGGCCCUACCAGCGUACACAGGAGCGGGCUGCGGGCAGAGGAAGAAGCAGUAACAGAGCGGACCUCCAUGGGAUCCCCGAGGCGGGUUGUACAGACGGAUUGGCUGAGGUGAUGACGUUACCGGGAGAAGCGGCCCUCCUGUGGGCCAACAGCUGAUGGAGUCCCUGCUCCUCCUCUCACACACACGGCCAGGGUCGCAUGAGGAGGACGAGCCGUGAAAUGACACACUGAACUGGACUGAAACGUUACUUACACCAACUGGAACUUUAUUUUUUUUGAUCACAUCACCAGAGUCUGGAGUCUGGAGCAAGGAAUCCGCCUCAGCGGGUCUCUAAAUAAUCAUCCGGUACUCCCAUCCGUUGCCUUGUCAUUUUAAACACCGCCAACAAGGCCGCUCACUGAUCAACGCGUCAUAAUGACUUGAAUGAGUGCCUUUUCGCUGUGCAUGAAGCUCCGAUACAGCUGAGCUGAAGUCCACAGCUUCGUGACCUCCUUUGUACCUUUUGGGAAGUGUUCCCUUAUCACCUUAUUAAUUGUUACUGCAAAUACCCCGAGACAGCCGAGUGGGGAAAGGGCAAGUACUAUGCACCGUUGUCGCCGUCUCUCAUCCGACACCGUACUGGUAAUUUAAGGAGAGGCGCUCAUAACGGCAGCGGCCCCUCCGAAGAACCGCCCACAUCCCUCCCAGGGUAUAUUUUGCAUUUUUCAUCUAGGGGCUUCAAGGAGACCUACGGGGAUGUUCGCCGCCGUGGAGCAUGGCCCGCUCCUCUGCAGCGACUCCAACAUCCUGUGCUUGUCCUGGAAGGGCCGUGUGCCAAAGAGCGAGAAGGAGAAGCCGGUGUGCAGGAAGCGCUACUACGAGGAGGGCUGGCUGGCUACCGGGAACGGUCGAGGAGUCGUCGGGGUCACGUUCACGUCCAGCCACUGCAGACGGGACCGGCCGACCCCGCAGAGGGUCAACUUCAACCUCAGAGGACACAACAGCGAGGUGGUCUUGGUGCGAUGGAAUGAGCCCUUCCAGAAACUGGCUACCUGUGAUACAGACGGAGGGAUAUUUGUUUGGAUCCAGUAUGAAGGCCGCUGGUCCGUGGAGCUGGUCAAUGACCGGGGAGCCCAGGUGAGCGACUUCACGUGGUCCCAUGAUGGCACCCAGGCUCUUAUCUCUUACCGGGACGGCUUCGUGCUGGUGGGGUCCGUCAGCGGGCAAAGGCACUGGUCCUCAGAGAUCAACCUCGAAAGCCAGAUCACGUGUGGAAUCUGGACCCCCGAUGAUCAGCAGGUGUUGUUUGGUACUGCAGAUGGACAGGUGAUCGUGAUGGACUGCCACGGGCGCAUGCUGGCCCACAUUCUGCUGCAUGAGUCGGAUGGCAUCGUCAGCAUGUCCUGGAACUACCCCAAUUUUCUGGUGGAGGACAGCAGUGAGAGCGACACAGACUCUGAUGACUACUCCCCACCGCAAGUGCACAGCCAGAAACCGCUGCUAACAGUCAGCUUCACUUCUGGAGACAUCAGCCUGAUGAACAACUAUGACGACCUCUCUCCCAUCCUCAUCCGCACCGGUCUGAAAGAUGUGGUGGUCCAAUGGUGCUCGCAGGGGGACCUCCUCGCAGUGGCGGGGAUGGAGAGGACCCUCCUCUCCGAGCCCUCCUGCCCUCCCACCACCAGGAACGCACUCGUUAAGUUCUACAACGUUGGGGGUGAACACAUCUACACACUGGACACACCAGCACAGCGCCCUAUCACCACUCUGUGUUGGGGUCACCGGGACUCUCGUCUGUUCUUGGCGUGUGGCUCGGCGCUCUACCUGGUGCGAGUUGAGCACCGCGUCUCCAACCUGCAGCUGCUCUGCCAGCAAAGCAUCGCCACAGCGGUGAAGGAGGAAAAAGAUGUCGCCAAGCUCACCAUGCCUUUCCGCCUCUGCUCUUACGUCACAACUGCUUUUGUGCCCACCAUCAAGCCCCCCAUCCCUGAUCCCAACAACAUGCGGGAUUUCGUGAGCUACCCAACAUCCGGAAACGAGCGUCUACACUGUACAAUGAAGCGUACAGAAGAUAACCCGGAGGUGGGGGGACCCUGUUACACUCUUUACCUGGAGUAUCUAGGAGGUCUGGUUCCUAUCCUAAAAGGCCGUCGAAUAAGUAAGCUGCGUCCAGAGUUUGUCAUCAUGGACCCCAAAACAGAUGGGAAAACAGAUGAGAUGUACGGCAACAGUCUGAUAUCUGCCAUGAUUGACAGCUGUAACUGCUCUGACUCCAGUGACAUUGAACUCAGCGAUGACUGGGUUGGCAAGAAAUCUCCAAAGAUAUCCAGGGGUAGCAAAUCCCCCAAACUGCCCAGAGACUUAGUUUGUCCCUUUACCAACAGGAUCAACAUUGAUCCCAGAAAAUCUCCCAAACUAUCCCGCACUACACAAGAGAUAUCCAGGUCGCCACGGUUACCAAUACGGAAACCCUCAAUUGGUUCACCCAGUCUUACGCGGAGGGAAUUUCCUCUGGAUGACAUCACUCAGCAAAAUUAUCUUGCUCAGGUCACAUCCAAUAUUUGGGGAACAAAGUUCAAGAUUGUGGGACUUUCCACAUUCUUGCCAACUAAUCUUGGGGCAGUCAUUUAUAAGACAAGCCUCCUCCAUCUACAGCCCAGACAGAUGACCAUCUACCUGCCAGAAGUACGUAAGAUCUCUAUGGACUACAUCAACCUGCCUGUCUUCAGCCCUAACGUCUUCAGUGAGGAUGAAGACGACCUACCUGUCACAGGCCCUGCUGGUAGCACGGAUGACAACCCGCCCUGCACUGUCAACAUACCCAUUGCGCCCAUCCACAGUCCUGCUCAGGCCAUGUCCCCUGCCCAAAACAUUGGUCUGGUCCAGUCACUUUUAGCCAAUCAAAAUGUUCAGCUGGAUGUCCUAACAAAUCCCACAUCAACCUCUGCUGGAGCCGCUGCCGGUGGGUCAGACCAAAGCCAGGACACCAUCCUGACCGCCCAGUACACAGUUCCCACCAGGUACUCCAGUCCUGGUCAGGUCAUUUUCGGUGGACUUGAAAUGGGUCGCCUCAUGGUGGGGCCCCCACCUUCUCAUCAUCCUUCACAACAAACGCAGCAACAGCAACAACAACCAAGCCACCACCAUCAUCAGCAGCAACCACAGCCACACAAUCAACAACCGCAACCGGAACAACAACAACAACAACAACAGCAGCAGCCACAGCCACACCAUCAACAGCAGCUCCCGCAGCAGCACCAUCCACAGCAGCACCCGCAGCAGCACCAUCCACAGCAGCAGCAGCACCAUCCACAGCAGCACCCGCAGCAGCACCAUCCACAGCAGCACCCGCAGCAGCAGCACCCGCAGCAGCACCAUCCACAGCAGCACCCGCAGCAACACCAUCCACAGCAGCAACCGCAGCAACACCAUCCACAGCAGCACCCGCAGCAACACCAUCCACAGCAGCACCCGCAGCAACACCAUCCACAGCAGCAACCGCAGCAACACCAUCAACAGCAGCAGCACCACCAACAACAACUACAACACCAACCCAUUCAGUACCAGCACCAGCAGCUUCAGCAGCAACAACAACUCCAACAGCAGCAGCAGCAAAUACUCCAACACCAACACUUACAACAGCAGCAGCAGCUUCAGCAACAACACAUUCAGCAGCAGCUCCAACACAUGCAGCAGCAGCAUCAACAUCAGCUUCAGCAGCACAUACAACAGCAGCAGCAACUGCAACAGCAGCAUCAACAAAUUCAACAGCAACUGCAGCAACAAAUACAUCACCAACAGCAAUCACAGCAGCAUCAGAUUCAGCAACAUCAACAGCACCACCAUCAACUUCAGCAGCAGCAGUUUCAGGUUCAAAUCCCCGUUCCCCCCAUGUCAUCGGGACAGCUGUCAGGUGCAGCUGUGCACCAGCUCCAGCAGGGGGCGCUGCAGAUACAGAUCCCUCAUCCACCAACAGAAUUGGUGGCUGAGAGGGCAGUGGUGGGUGAACACGAGCACCUGCUAAAAGUCAAAACCACUCGGUCAACUCCACAAAUGGCUGAGGGUGAUACACUGGUGUUCAGUGCCCCACUAGAGCUCAGCAAGAUGAACCCCCCUCCCCCUUACCCUGGGACAGUGGCUGCCGCCGUGGCUGCUGCCGCUGCUGCCGCUGCAGCCGCAACGUCAGCCUCGGCCACAGCCUCCAAUCCUUCAUCUGGGUCAGGAGGGAGCGCCAACGGGACUCCUCCCCCUGGUGAGCUUUGUCUGAAGAAGGGAGAGUUGUCGCUUUAUUCUUCGGGUCAGCAACUAGCGCAAUACCCCACACCGCUUGGAUAUGAGAGGAUAACAACAUUCGACAGCAGUGGGAAUGUGGAGGAAGUGUGUCGUCCUCGGACGCGCCUCGUCUGCAAUCAGAAUGUCUACACACUCCAGGGCCCCGGCAGCUCUGCUACUCUCAGGGUCACCUCCUCCUCCUCCUCCUCCGCCUCCGACAAGAAGAUCCAGCUGCCCUACACCUCUGCAACACUCAACAGGCUCACUGCCCCUCGCUAUUCCAUACCCAGUGGAGAUCCGCCCCCAUACCCUGACGCGGCCAAUCAGAACACUGCUGUUGGCAGGAACCCCGGACAGAGGCUUGACAGCAGUCUGAUCCAUGCCACUCUCAGAAGGAACAGCCGAGAGGCCGCUCUCAAAGUUUCCCAGAUGCUGGAGCCACCCAGACCAUUGCCCCCGAAGGCUAAAAAUAAUAAUAGUGCACUAGCAGCCUCGUUCCAGCAGAGGGUGCCAACAGCCUUAUACACCUGCAGUCAGUGUAGCAGUGGAUCGAGCAUUGGAAGCACUGCCCCAGGGAGCACGAACGGAAUAGCAGGAGGAACUAUCAUCAGACAGGAUUUCCCUCCUGGGAAUGGGGCGCCACACAGCACAGUUAUUGUUCACUCCAACAGCGCCACUCCUCUGGCCUCCCAGUCUUCUUACAGCCUUCUGAGCGCUCUUGAAGGUUCCUCAGCAGGAGGAGGAAAUAACCGAGACAGGGGUGAUUAUGUUAAUUCAGCAUUCACUGAGGACGAAACCCUGAACCAGUCACUGAGGAACCUGGCGCUCGUAGGCAACGAAGCACCGGGAAUGGUUGUCAAGCGGCCGCCUCCCUAUCAGUGGGACCCGGCCGCCACAGAGGAGGUGUGGGUUCCUCAGGAACGGACCGCAGCGCUGAAUCCCAAUGGACAUCCUGGACCCCACAAACCACCCCCACUUAUUCUUAGCCCGCCUCAGCACUUGGAUGUGUCCAGGCUGCCUUUUGUCCUUUCUCCAAAGUCGCCCACAAGCCCCAGUGCUGCGUCAUUUCAAGCUGCUGCAGCAGCGGCAGGCUACCAGAUCUCACUCCAGUACCCUCCAACGACUGCCUAUUCUGGGGCACAGCUGCAGCCCAUACCAGGGUCACCGCGCCCCUGCUCCUCACCAAAGGAGAUGGUGGCUCCUGUCCCCUUCUCACAACAGGAUGUAACCCUUGUAUUACCUCCUGGUUACCCGGCAAACCUUGCAAACCUAGCCUGUUGCCCGCUGCCACCCAUGUAUCCAGGAGGAAGUGCUUGUUCCGGCCUACCCAUUCCCCCUAUUUCCCUUCACACUCCUUGGGGUACCUAUAAUUCUUUCCCGCCUAUGCCCAGUCCUGCAGUGCCACUACCGCCCAAAGCCUCUCACAUGGCAAUAGACAAAAAGGUUAUUUCGCCGCCGCCUCCGCCUCCACCACCACCACCACCCCCACCCCCAGGGCCAGCACCACCACCAGCAGAGCCGCAGAGCCACGGGGGAUUACAAGAGGCCGUGGCAGAGGCUGGGGAAGGUUUUCAGGAGGUGCUGUCCUUGACUGAGAGCCCUGUCCCACAGCGGUCCGAGAAGUUUGGCAAGAAGAACCGCAAGCGGGUCGAUGGGCGCGCCGAGGAGGCUAACGUGCCACCUUUGGCUGAAGGGAGCAAGUUGAAGAAGGAGGGCCGGGCUUUAGGGGAUUUCAACUCGCUCAUCUCUAGUCCGCGGCUGGGAGGAAGGGACAAGAAGAAGAUCAAGGGGCAGAAAGAGCAGCAGUUGAAGACCAAAAAGCUGAAUAAAGCCACGGCCAAUAGCGAGUUCCAGGACAGUUCGGAAAGUGAGCCGGAGCUGUUCAUCAGUGGGGAUGAGCUGCUCAAUCAGUGCCAGAGUGGUAAGAAGGGCUGGAAGAGUAAGAGGAACUUGAGGGCCGCCAGUGAGCUGGACGAGAUCAAGUGUCGAAAGGCCAACGAGAAGGAAGACCGAGGGCUGGGCAGCCAGGGUUUCGUGUACGUCAUGGCCAACAAGCAGCCGCUGUGGAACGAAGCCACGCAGGUCUACCAGCUGGACUUUGGGGGGCGGGUCACGCAGGAGUCUGCCAAGAACUUUCAAAUUGAGCUGGAGGGCAGACAGGUGAUGCAGUUCGGGAGGAUUGAUGGCAACGCCUACAUCCUGGACUUUCAGUAUCCCUUCUCUGCUGUGCAGGCCUUUGCAGUGGCAUUAGCCAAUGUCACCCAACGCCUCAAAUGAGAUGUCGCCUCCCUGUCUACCCUGAGUUAUAUCUGGGAUUCUAACGCAAUCUGUUGAAGGGACACAGUUGUUUCCUUUGGGAUUAACUUUGAUUUUGAUGGGAAGACUCCAAUCAGCCCUGGUCUUAGAGAGGGAUACAAUCACGCUGCACUACACAAUGCUGCCACUAGAGUUGGUGCAAUAAGCAUUGGCUGCAUUUGCCAAGGAAGCCCUCAGAAUUGCUCUGUUUGGCAGUCAGUGGCACCUGGCAAUGCAUGUAGGGCCAAAGAGCUGAGUUUUGGUAAUCAUCAUGCAAAAUAAAUGCUGCUUUAGCUAGAAGAAGCUUAUAGACAUGAUAACCGGUUGACUGAGGGAAGAAUUGUCAAGGUGCAUCUUUCAAAAGAAGCCGCAGUAAUACUUGAAAACCAAACUCUGGAGAUCACCGCCGUGUUUUCCCUAGAGCACACAGGUACUACUGGGCACUGAAAUCCAUUGCUGUACCAACUAUAGUUAAACAGUUACCACUUUAUUAUACUGCUAUUGCUUUUAGGAUUUAAUAUAAUUACUAAACAUCAUGGAGGAUAGCAUGGUCUUGUUUUUUCUCUGCCAUUCCUUUUGUUACUGUCUCAGUCCAUCUUGGUUGAAUUCAGGCUUAGAUACAUGUAUCAUUUAGGAGCACUACUAAGAGGUCACACAUUUCACUGUAGUAAAAUGUGAGUCGAUUUUUUAAAAACUGGGGAGGUCAAGUAGUAAAUGGAGAUAAGUUGACUGCAGUCUUUUCCAUAUAUGUUCCUGUGAUUUUGAAGGAAGAAGUGUUACUCCAUGGAUUUAUUUAUAUGUACAUUUUGUUCUUUAUUCAGAAAUUAAUUUUUACCUUAUUGUCAUUGUUUGUGUUGUACAAUCUUCGCACCCUGUCAACAUGGUUUUCAACUCACCUGCUUUAUUUGGGAGACUGAAUUUGAAUAUUGCUGCAUAGUCUGGAGUGAUUUAGGUGGAAGGAGUGUACUGAAUAGCUUUGACUGAUAUCUCCUGCACUUGGUGAAAUAUCUACAUACGGUGACACAGGCGCAAAAGAAGUCGCCGAGGCCCGGAUUGAAUAACUUCUCCUCUGGCAUGAAGUGAUUUGUCACCUGCUGUCACUUCUGUGAAGUGAGUGUGUAGUUGUGGGGUUGGUAUCGCUGUCCCUGCUCUUUGAGACCACACUAAACAUUUAAGAAAGGUACAGGAAAUAUUUUUCUAUAUUUCCACUAUGCCAUUUCAUACUCUUUUCAGAAGUCAUGUAAAUAGAUAUCAGUCAUAUAAAUGUUGUAAAAAUACUUGGGUGGCUUUGACGGAUGUCUGUUUACACCUGUCUUCACUGUGUUUGGAGGUGUAAUUUCAGGGGCGGAGCGAUGCUGUAGAACCGUUUAUGUCAACUCCUACAACCACAAAACAUGUUAACAGUGAAGCUGAGAUCAUUGUCGCUGAAUAUUUGAAAUCAGAACUCCAAUGAGGGAUGAAGCUUGAAAUCUGUUUAUUUAGUAAGCAGACACUGAAAUUGGAAAAACUUGUUUUUUUGUUGUUGUUUUUUAAAUUUGUGUUCAUAUCAGUACACAGAGCUGAUAGGACUGUGGGAAAGAGUAAAUUAGUCACACUGCAAAUAUAUAUAUAUAUAUAUGAUGAGUAUAAAAUAACCCAUCUAAAUAGGGCAGUUCCAUUAGGCAGGUGUGACUAGGGUCACUUCUAACCUUUGUGCCAAAAUUUGCAUUUGCUAAAAUGUAUAAUCGGGGGAGGAAGGGUCCAGAGGGAGGUGUAAUGCAAUUCUUGAUUAAAAGAAAUGCUAUCGCUUUGGACCAGCUCUUUGGUCUUUGAAUUGAGAUAAUUAAACUUUUUUUGCCUGAUCUCUGUAUCACAACAAGAUGCAUGUCUGUCAGAGGGGCGUUAUAGGGAUGUGGAUUUAAAAAAAAAAGAAUUUCAAGUCUCGUAUGACACUUUAAAAAAAAAAAAAUGGAAAAAGUGAGCAUGUCAUAAAGAAAAUCUUUUUGUGUUAGUGUUUGUGCAAUAAUUUUCUUUGAGGAAAAAAAAUCCAUCAAUUUUGACCAGUUUGAUACCAUUUUUGAGUUCAGCAUCUCUGUUGCUGAUCUGUACAUUUUAUUUAUGAGAUUAUUUCCUGAAGGAGAUAUAGUAUCUAUAUAUACUGUAUAUUGUGGAGUUUUCUGAGCAUUUCUUUUGUGUUGAUAAAAUUUGUGUAGCUUAAAUUGUGAGACGGGAACAUGAGGUUUGGUUGGGAUGGGGGCAAAUUUUCUGUGUUCUGUGAAGUUUGCAUUGGAUGGAAAAGAUGUGAAAGAGUAAGUGCCCAGUUUAGUGUAGUUUGUAGACUAGUUAUGUAAAGUGUAACUGUCAAGUUAUGGUGUGUUUGUAUUCAACUGUGCAGUCUACCAAUCCCAUCAGUGUUAAAUCUAUUAUAUUUAAGUGUGUGUGUGUGUGUGUGUGUGGUCAUGGCUUCUUACACAUACAUAAACAUUCAUGAUAAUUCUCAAGUCUAAGCCACCGAGUUAAUGUAAAGAAUUGCCUGUGGACUUAAGAUAAGGUUUCACUUCAAACUGAUUUCAUGAGAUGACCUAUUGUAGAUAAUGUAGGAUUUGGCUUUUCUUUAGAAAAGGUAUGUGCUUUGUAUUUAUAGAUGUAGACUUAAAUGACAAAAACACUUGAAAAGAGUCUGAUUUGGUGACUGAACGUUUAUAGUGAAUGGAUAGUAAGGCAUGCCAUGUAAAUUAUUUUAUAAUUGUAUAUGUCACGCAUCUUUUGAAUAAAAUGUCAUUGUUUUCUGAAAAAAUGUC